UCCCCUAUUACGUCUUAUCAGCAUUCAAACAGCGUCGCAGAAAACCGAUUAAAAUUUUUAGGCGACUGCGCAUCAAAUUUUAAAGUCUCCUCCGAGCGGAUUUUUCAAUAGAUUAGUCUAACAUUCGCCCCCGAAUAGAAAAAUGCGCGCUCAGAGUUACGCUGUUGCUGUUGCCUUGACGGCAUUGCUGACGUGUGUACAGGGACUGGGAAUCACAGUGCCAGGUACUAAAUGGUGUGGUCCCGGGAACAUUGCAGAGAACUACGAUGAUCUAGGCACUGAUGUGGAGCUCGACAUGUGCUGUCGUGCUCAUGAUCACUGUGAUGAGAAGAUACCAGCACAGCAGCAACGAUCUGAUCUCGACGGUCUGAGUAACGAUGGCCUCUUUCCCAUUUUCUCCUGCGCCUGCGAGGCAACCUUUCGCCAGUGCCUCAGCAUGCUACACAAUAUGGAGUCUGCCGCUUUGGGUCGCAUAUAUUUCAGCACCACAAAUGUUUGUUUCGCACAUGGACCGCCAGUUUUAUCCUGCCAGGAGCAGCAGUGGGAUCUCUUUGUGGGAAAGCGCUGCCUAAGCUACAAUGAGGACAGGUCGCAGCCUGAACGAUGGCAAUUCUACGAUUUACCAUUCUACACUCACCCUACGGAGGAGGAUACGCAGCAGUAAUCGGAAAAAACUCAGCUCAAUAUAAAGAAAGUAAGGGAUUUAAUCAUGAGUUGGGUAAAAAAAAAACAUUAAACC